AAAGACUCCCAAACAGGCGCCGGAGAGCUUCCAUAAGGGCUCCAACGCGGUUUGACUUCAUAUUAGUGGGAUAUAAUGUAAAUUCUGAAUGCUAGGGUUAGUAAAGAAAAAAAUUCCCCUGAAUAUCUGUUUCCGAUUAUGGCUUUUCAGCCGAAGAAACUCAUCAACGACCCUAAAACGGGGCUGAGGCACUUGAUGCUGCUGUUUCUGCAGUCGGCAAAUAUGGCUGUGCUAAUGCUGGUUAUGUAAAUUAUUAGAUGCCCUUAUUCCAGCAUCAGCAGUUCUGAAGGAGGUUAUCAACAAUGAUCAUUUAUCUUUGUUCUUUUUAUUUCAGGUACUGAUAUCAUAUCCUGCAAGCAGAGGAUAAGUGCUGGUGAUGAUCCAUUCACAGCUUUUGUUCUUUCAUCUGAAGCAGCAUUGAAAGGAGCUGAAUCAACUAAAAGCAUGCUGGCACAGGUAACCUUUUCAUUCGUUUAUGCUGCAUUUGAUCCUCUUCUUUCUCUGCACUUACGUUUUAAGAAUGGUUCUUGCUUUCCCAGUCUAAUCUAGCCUGGGCUAAGGAUCAUGUAUAGCAUAGUGAACUAAAUUGUGAGAAAAACGAAAUAGUGUUAUUGGAAAACUAAAAAUACAAGUGUUUGGAAGCAUAUGAAGGCAGAUGUUUUUCUUUAUUUUUUAUUUUUGAUUUUAUGGUACAUGAUGGGUUUCUUAUGCUAUAGAGGCUAGUUGACCAGCUACUUGUGAUGGUGUUUCAUAUCUAAAUACUACUUGACAUGUUCACACCACAGGCUAGCUGCUUAGUGUAUACUCAGUAUACUAGACAUGUUAACGCAAUUGACUGGCAGCAGCUUGUAAUCAUCAUUGACAUUUUAACAGUUAACACCAUAUCAACAUGUGGUGCUUUUCCUACAAGUUCUCUUUCAUAUUUUUUAAAUAAUUAUAUUUUUAUCUUUUGCACAACUGGGGAAUCAGAACAUAGCUCAUGCAGACUGGGUGAUCAACCUAUGUCUCUGCAGAAAUCCUUGCAUCUGUUCCAGACCCAGGUGCAAUGGCUGCAGCUGCAUGGUACCGAACAGCAGCCUUUGGUGUGACCCGUGCAGGAUAAAUACCAGGUUCUACGAGCUACCUUUUCCUACGGUGCAUCCUCCUUUCUAAGAUGCAAAUCUUCAAGCACUCUUUGUGAUUUUUAAUACUACAAACUGAUUAGGCUUUCCGCUUAUGCAUUUAUUAUAUAUAUUCUUUGUACCCUUUUAGGAGAAUGUCAAUUCAGUUAGCAGAAUAACAAUCAUCAAUAUAUCUUGCCUGUAAUUUCUUCAGCUCGAAUAUCAGUUCUUGAUUGACAAUGUCUAACAGGAAAGAUGCCAUAUCUCGAUACAUUUGAUCACAUGAAUCUUUUUCAUCCAGUCUUGGAUUAUGAGAACCAUUCUUCUUUGGUGAAGCUGAAGGCUCAAAUGGAAUAUAACUGUUGAAGUGAACUGUUCUUGUCGAUUUUGCAUCUGAAAAGAAUCAAAUAUGUAUUUGUUAUUGACUCGUGUUAAAAGUUUUUCUUUCUCAAGUUUUGACUUUUUUGUGUGGAAUAUUAGAAUGAUGAAAAGAAGAGAUAGAAGUUGUAAGAAUCAAAAGAAAAAGAAGACAUAAGA